UCCGGAGGAUGCAUGUAUUUGUCGUUUUUAAGUACAGUUUUAAUGAAAAAAAACCCACAGCACUUAAAACAUCACGGUCAGCACGUUUGCGUCCCGACAGAGCGCCCGACGGUUCGGUUCGGUUCUGUCCCAAUUUAAUCGCACGGAUCUUUGGUUUAAACUCUGAUUUCACAGAAAUGAUUCUUAUGCUCCUGUUUUACUUACUUAAAUACACGUUUACCUUGAAGUCCACUGCUAAUGUUAGCUGAUCUGUUUUGGUGUCUUCCUAAAUUCCUCCUAUUAUUAUUAAAAUAAAUAAACAAACAAACAAAAAAACAUGCUAAAUUCAUCCAACAGAUGCGACCUUGGAGACUUACAGACAUAAGAAAGUGUCUCAGGCUUUAGCAUAUUAAAAAAUGAAGACUUCUCUUGUGCACUUUUGUUAGUAUAAUUAAUUUUAAUUUGAUAGAAUCGGACCUUCACUUGACUGUAUUGAAACUUAAUACUCUUACUCCAUUUUUAUUUUUAUCCUUAAAGCUAGAAAUCUGAGCUCAUAGCACAAAAAAAUUAUUAUUAUUAUUAUUAUUAUUAUUAUUAUUAUUAUCCACAAUCUACAAAUCCAUUCAGUCACAUUUCUGUGGGUUUCCACUUUAUUUAUUAACCAUUUUAUAUCCCAUUAAAUCCAUUCGAAUUUGUAUUUAUAAUACACCACAACCAACCGUCCAUACUCAAGGACAUUUUAUCUGUUAGUCUUAUCUGUUAUUUAUACAAUAAAAUUACUCAUAAUCGAAAUAAAAACUUAAAUCUCAUGAAAUUUGAUCCCAUUUCCAAACUCUAACCAAAUUAACGGCUUGUAGUCCCUAAACAUAACUUUCCUAUUUUCUUUCGUACGAAUUGAGCCGUACGAGUCGUUACAAAUUUGCCAGAGUGAGACCAUGUUAAAGACAAAAAAAAAUAAGUAACAUCGUAAAAAACAAAAACAAAAAAACAUCGUAACUUUCAGUCAAGUAAAACUAUGUUGCUACGUCCACAUUUAAUCGCGAUUUUAAGACCCUCGGUUUUACCUAAGUAGAACACUUUUCUGUCAUUUUCCCCUGAAACCGAAGCUAGAAAUUUUUAUUUACAAGCCUGAAAAUUGUUUCCGAAGCUUACAACUUGAAAGGGAGUUCACGUGCAACUUGUACGUUGGAAAUGAGUAUGUACAAUUAGCAUGUAGCAUUAAACAAGCACUUCGACGAGAAAUUAUGAUCUAACUAAGAAUCAGUGAAACAUACAGCAUGUAGUGUACACCGGUUAGCUUAACGCUAGCUGAUGUUAUUCCUUACGAGAAUUGUUGAGUUGUAACAUCUCUGUAGUCAAGAGGGCACACCGAAAGGGAGGACGUGAAUGUCGGGACGGAACCGUUGCCUGAAAACACACCGAUUUACCAACAUCCCGUAUACAGAUCCUGUGUGAAUUACCUCACGUGUGAAGUAGCACUCACGGGUCUGGAUUGAUUGUCAAUCUUUGGAAACGGAUUAUCGUAAACGGUUGGAAUGAUUGUAAAUCCUGUCCGCAUCGGAGGUGUGAACCUGACGUAAAUAUUCGACGUGAAUAUUAAAUUAUUAAGACAUAAUUUUAGUGAACAUCUGAUCGAUUCGAGAUAGUGCGACACAAUCUUGUUAAACCUUCUCAUUAGUAAAACCUGAAUUGGCUCGAAAACGAAAUUAAUACCUGCUAUUAAUGUGCGCACGCGACCACCGUUCGAGUGAUUUAAAAAAAUAAAUAAUUGAAAUCACUUCUUGAAUGCCAAAUUAACACAUUUGCAUUAUAAGGCCCCGCCCUUUCCGAUUGCGUAUUCGUUAAAGCAAACGUACGCAAAGCGUAAAUCAGGGCCUGAAUGUGACGUGACUAUAUCAACCGAGACAAUCCGCGUACACGCCUGAAGGAAAUUCUGAAUCCUGAUUGGAUGACUAAUCCACUUGGAUCUUACAAAAAAAAAUGUUUUUUGUUUUUUUUUUAAAAAAGACACCAUGAAAAUGUUUAAAUUCAUGAUGCAUUUCAAUAUAAUUCCAUGUUAACUGUUUUUCUGCAGUGUUUUAGACUUAAUUUAGUUACGGGUGCUAAUUGAUAUGUGCACAGACGUUGUCUUGAUACAGUUUUAAUGCGUGUGUAAUUGUUGUGUAACCACACACACACACACACACACACACACACACACACACACACACUGUUUUAACACACACAACAGACACGUACAUUUCGUCCUGAAGUAGUUAAGGCAAUAGCACAGUGCAGGAAAAAAGAAUAAAUUGAUUUGUACUCCUGCCGCUAGUAGCUUCGUCGUCUUUUAUUUCACUGUACAAAAGACUGUUAAAGGAGAAAAAUGUCAUGUAUAUUUAUUUUAUAUCCUCUAUUGUAAUAAAAAUCUCUUUUUUGCUUCACAGUGUCUGUUCAAGUGGGAUCACAGGACAGGAUUUUUCAUAUGUGGUCCUGUAAAUACUUUACUGCUAACGCUAGGCAGCUAGCUAACUAACGUGAGCUAACCUGACAGGAUUUCUGAGAAGAAUUUUAGGUCGUAUUUAUAUUUAUGUUCAUAUUUACGUUUUUAAACUUAUCUCAAGCUAGCGUGACAGAAUUUCUGAGAGGAAAAUCUCAGUAAUGUUCAUAAAUGUUUAUAAACUUCCCUGCUAACACUAUCCAGCUAGCUAACGUGCUAGUGUAGCAGGAUUUCCGAGAAUAAUUUUUUAAGUCAUGUUCAAAAUUGUUUGUAAAACUCGCUGCGAACGCUAUCUCGCUGGCCAGCAUAUGAUAAUGUUUAGAGAAUUGAGUAUUCAUAGAUGUUAAUAAGCAUGCUAACUACUGCUUACCUGCUAACAGGUUUUCUGUGAAGUAAUGUUCAUAAAAUGUUAAUAAACUUCCCUGCUAAUGCUAUCUACAUGCCUAACAUAAUCUUUGAUUAUAUAUUUGUUAUAUACAGUUGCUUAAAUACUUUGCUGCUAAUGAACAUAGGACCCUGGGAAUUUACCGGGAAGUUCGUAUUUACAAGUUGGGAAGUCAUAAUUACGACAUCAGGUGCAUUCAAGUCAUUUUUUUCGGAGCAAGAUGACGGUGUUCCCUCUUUUAACUACAAAAAAAUACGGCAAGGUUUUUUUUAAAAAAAUCUCUAUUUCUGGAAAAUGAAGAGCAAAGAAUGCUCAUCAGGUGUUCACGCUCCCGAGAACUAAACCCUUUUUUUGUGUUCCAUUAAAUGAUUUGUUAUAAGUGGUUUUCUAAAUGAUUUACUACUAAUGCAAACCGGCUAGCUAACAUAAGCUUUAUGAGACGUCCUCUCAGAUAUUCCUCUCAGAAAUCCUGUCAGGUUAGCUCAUGCUAACCCAAAGCCCUGAUUACUUAGCUUCUACUGCCCAGGUUUGUGUUUUUGCAUGAUCAGUUAGUGCACAAUAGAAAAUGAUGAUGUUUCUUGUGUUUGCAAAAGCAUUUUAUUUGUGAAAAAAAAAAAAAAAAUCUUAAUAUCAUCCUCAUGUCUUCUCUUUUACUGUAAUUACAGUUUCUCUUUCUGCCACAGGGUGUCACUGGUCAUGUUCUCUAUUCGCGAUACGGACCAGUGGGUCGUCAGAUCCCUUCCCAGUGUGUGUGUGUGUGUGUGUGUGUGUGUGUGUGUGUGUGUGUGUGUGUUAAAGGGUCAGCAAGACCUGUUUGUUAGACACAGUGACUCUCCUGCAUCAUUAGGUAACACAGUACACCAGUACUCAAACACACUCACACUUUCCUCACAAAUAUUUGUGAUUUAAACUUUGAUUCUAAACUAUGACUUUUAACUAGCAUGCUAAUUAUCAUGUACGGCUUGGUACAGCGAUAACUUCCACAGCGCUGCUGAAUUCUGGAUUCUGAUUGGUCCGAAGGCGUUGAUUCAUUUUCUAUAACGGCAGCUCUGACAGUAGCGCAGCUCCAAAUCACAGGUUUAUGUUAAUUGUCAGAGCCAUAUCGACGUGUAGUUCUCAUCUGGUGUCUCAUUGAAUCCUGGCCAGUACCUGGAUGGGAAACCUCCUGGGGAAAACUAAGGUCGCUGCUGGAAGUGGUAUUAGUGAGGCCAGCAGGGGGCGCUGACCCUGUGGUCUGUGGGACGGGGACACUAUACUGUAAAAACAGCACCGUCUUUCGGAUGAGACGUUAAAACCGAGGUCCUGACUCUCUGUGGUCAUGAAAAAUCCCAGGACAUUUCUCGUAAAGAGUAGGAGUAUAACCCCGGGGUCCUGGUGAAAUUCCCCCAUUGGCCCUUAUCUAUCACGGCCCCCUUAUAAUCUCCAUCCCUGAAUUGGCUACUGUCCUCUCCACCAAUAGCUGGUGUGUGGUGGGCGUUCUGGCGCACUAUGGCUGCCGUUGCUCCAUCCAGGUGGAUUCUACACACUGGUGGUGGUUGAGGAGAUCCCCCCACACACGCCAUACACACCAUGUAAAGCGCCUAGAGUGUCUAGAAAAGCUCUGUAUAAAUGUAACUGUAAUGCGCUCGUUCUAACAUCGUCAUCGUUUCUAUAGUAACAGAUAUGCUUUAGUAUAGUACGCUUUCUCGGUAACACGACAAGCUGGAAUUUUCAUUUGCCUUAUUAACUUCCAAGAGCGAGAGAAAAGAGGGAACGACUGUUUAUAGCCGCUAUAACGCAAGUUAUACCGUUAAAUGCAACCAUAAAUGGAUAAGAGGUCUCGUAAGUAAGACAUUUUAUGAAAUUUCCUGUCAGAUUUGUUUAUGUUAGCCACCGAACUAGCAUUAGCGGUAAGGAUCGCAGACAUUUACAACUGUAGCUUUAAAAAGUUACCUCAGGUUAGCUCAUUUUAGCUAGCUGGCUGCUUUCAGCUGAUGUUUCAGCAGGGUUUAAACAUGUCUUGUUUUCUGAAAUAUCCUGUCGCGCUUGUUAAAUAUCUAACUACAAUUGUAGACUUUAAAAAGUUACCUCAGAAAUGAGCUUAAAUGAAUAGCAUUAGCAGAAAACAUCAAUGAAUAUUGCUUAAAGUGAAAUCCUCACAGGUCAGAUCAUAUUAGCCGUCUACUAGCUAACAUCACGUAGAUGGAUAGGAACCUGGAGCGAGGACGGUGUAGUGUAAAGGUGACAAAGAAAUAAAGGGAGACUUUAAAAAGACAGGGUUUAAAAACUAUGAUUAUAAACGAUGAAGAAUGUGAUAAAUAACAAAAAAGCACACGAUGUACUCACACGAACGGACAGAUUUCAGGAGUAAUAUAUUUAUAUUACCCACAGAUGACAGUCGAAUUAUAUUAACUCCUCGUGUGUAAUAAUUUUACUUAUAAAGUAUGUUCCGUUUUGGUUCCAGCAUCGGAAAGUGCUUCGCAUGAAACCGAGCAAACGUUAAAGUUAAUGAUGAGGAAUGAAUAAAUAAAUAAAUAAAUAAAUAAAGCAACCAGCACUCGUUAAUGACAUUAAACAUAACCUUUUAACAGCGUGUCUGUGGUGGAAUGUUUCUGCUUGGGAUUAGCGUUACGGAGUCGCCGUGAUCCCGCGAGGGCCGGUGUCAGCUUCUGGAAUGUUCUGUCUCAUGUGUCUGAUCACUAACGGGGAUUAGAGGGGGAGCAGAUUCCUGACCACAUUACACACACACACACACACACACACACAUACGUUCACACUGACCCAAAGCUUAAUUGUACCUGGGAGUCCUUUUAACAUGUAUCCAUCAUCAUACGAGUGUAUUGUUGUAUUAUCUAACAAUUAAGUGAGACCGAAGCAGGCACAUAUUACAAACUGAACCUUUUAAACAUAAAAUGACAGAUUAUUAAAUAUAUCAAUUUUAUUUCUGUCAACUUACAGUGGCUACCUAAUUAACAAAUAAGUUGAACCUUUUAACUCGCCAAGAGGACGCACAGUUUGAGAAAGCCUACAAAUAAAAAUGGCUUUUUAAAAAAAUUUUUUUCCCUUAAUUUACAUUUUAAGAAACAUGCAGGUCGGGCUCAUGCGUUACAGAGAACUGAGAUUCCGCAAUAAUUAUCUUUUCACUUUGCAGUUUAUCCUAGUGAGGGUUGCGGUGACCAAGAUGAACCUCUACUAAAGUGUGCAGAAAGAAAGGAUCUGCUCAUGAUCCAAAGCGUGCAAGCUCUUCUGUGAAACAUGGUGGAGGUAGUGUCAUGGCUUGGGAUUUGCAUGGCUGCUUCUGGAACAUUCUCACUCAUCUUUAUUGAUGAUGGAACUCAUGGUGGUGGCAGCAGAAUUAGUUCGGAAGAUUUACAGGAACAUUUUGUCAUUUCGAGAAUUGAGAGAACCUGGAGGAAACCCACAUGGACUGGGAGAACACGUGAAACUCCAUUCAGACAGUAACCCGAGCUCAGGAUCGAACCCUGUGGACCCUGAAGCUGUGAGGUGGCAAUGAUACCUGAUGCACCACUUCAGCAUUGCGCAAGAGUUUUUUUUUUUGUCGUAGCGAAGACGGAUCUACAAGGACCAAUCAGAAAACACCACCUUGAAUCAUGAUUGGUCAGUGUCACACGGGUGCUGCUUAAAAUACUCUUAAAAAUAAACUUUUAUUUAGCUUCUCGUCAUCCAACGAACAAAAAAUAAUUCAGUACAGGUAAUCUUGCCAAAAUCUGAUGCAGUGGACAGAGAUUUGGUUUAACACACUAGGAUUCCUUUAAUACCAUAUAACAUUGUUGUUAUUAUUAUUAUGUGUUUUUUUUUUUGCACUGUGUAGAAGGGAGACCUUUGGUUUGGCAGGUACGCUACGAGCAGGUUGGUGAGUUUCUGUGAAAGCGCCGGCCAACUCGGUUACAGCCCGUGCUGGACAGCGGGUCGAGCCGUCGCUCAAAAGCCUCUUUGUUGGGAACCCAGAGCGUGACUCAUCAAAUACGAGCAUGUGUAAGAGAGAGAGAGAGAGAGAGCUGGAAACAGAGUGCAAGGCGAUCAUGCCACCCACACAAGUUCCUAGGAGUCAGCGUGUGUGAGUAAAGGAUUCUCAGGAUUCCGUUUUGCUGAGUCAGUGGAUAAGACAAACAACUAAAGGUACUGGACAGAUUUUCCUCUCAUCUGCUGGGGGUAGGUUUGGGUGCGGUGUUGGGGGGAACGACUCUUUUUUCCCCACGCUUUGUGUGUCAGAAGGUCUCUGUGGGUUACUCUGUGUGUGUGUGUGUGUGUGUAUGUGUGUGUUGGACUCAAAAUGCCAAAUGCCAAGUAUCCGCCCAGCUGACAGAGAAACAAAUGCGUGCUGGUCUUUCCAAACGGUUUCUCACAAUAGAUGUAAGGUGUUAGCAAGCGACGGUAACCGGGCCACGCUCGGCUGCAGUGUGGCGCAAAAUGGGUUUAAGGGGAGCUCCGAAUUCAAUGAAGGCUAGUUGUAAUAUUCCACAAAUGACUUUUAAAUGCAUAAAAUUUAGACAUUAGUGUGUACAUUAUAAAUAAGGGUUGGUAAGAACAGUUAGAUCUAAUGCCGUAGAAGGUCCGAGACAAGUUAGUUCCUGUUCUCACCUACAUUACAGCUGCCAUAAAAUAACGCAUACAAAUAACGCACCCCGUCUGACCAAUCAGAUUCGAGCAUUCAACCGCACUGCGGCAUACUCCAAGUUGUUACGUCAUAGUAACGCUUACUACAGAUUAAUACACGGCCGGGAAUUAGCGUGCACGUCUGUUCUGUCUCGGCGCUGCUUCUCUAUUAAACCGUCAAUGUUUAUACAGUUAUAUAUUAACAUAUGUGCAACUGAAAACAACUAAAAUAAGCGGUCUUAGCUAGACUUGGUUUAGUGUAUGAAGUUGAUUAUUAUCCAAUAAAACUAGCUGUAAAGACAAAAUGAGAGCGAGUAGGAGUUGGAAAAAACAUAGCUUCGACAUUUUUUAGAAACGUGUGAAGUUUUUUUUUUGUGUGUAUUCACGUCGCACACUCCUGGGCAAGAAAAAAAAAUAAGGGGGGGGAUCCAAAAUACCAAAAUAAUAAGCUUUUAAUAGUUUUAACAACAAAUCAUUAGUCAGGAAAUUAGAAAGAAUUAGAAAGAGGUGAAGUAACUUAGCAUGGGAGAGAUUCUGAUUUCUUCUGAUUUUUACGCGUUGUGGAAAAAUUUUAUUUAAUUUUUUUUAAUGAAUUUAUUAUUAUUUUUUUAAACUUUAUUUUCAUUUUAUACACCCAGACAUGUGUUCGUUUGAAUUGUACACCGAACAUUUUAAUCAUGACGACGAUUUUCCCUUCGCGUACCAGAAUUCUUACAUAUAAGUGAAUUCCCCAGUUUUCUAGUUUUUUUAUUCCCCCACAAAAACUGUUCUCAGGAGUGUAUUUGUUUAAUUCUUUGCUAAUUUUCUGACCAAUGUUUUGUCCGUUCAAAGCUAAAAAAAAAAAAAAAAAAAAAAAAUAAAAAGUGUACCAUUUUGUGAGCGUUACUCUAUCUUGGUAAAAAAAAAAAAAUUAGCUUAGCUUCAAUAGCUGAAGAAACGCGUUUCCUGCUCGCGCGGGUCCUUUAAGAAAGAGUGAAGUCUCGCGAGAGCCGCGCGUGCGGCCGCCAUAUUGCGCGACAGUUAUUUUGAUUCGUAUGUGUCGGAAGCGAGGAAAAAAAAGAGAAAAAAAAAAAAAGACGAGAAAAGAAAAGACCGUGGGGGGGGAAAAGGAGAAAAUAAAACAGCGUGAGGAUUAAAAGAAGAAGAAGGAGAAAAGUCGUCUAACUGUUUCUUAUUUAUAAAAGAAACGCAAAAUAAAGAAAGGAACGAAAUCCCCGAGUGGGUGAAACAUUGAGCGGGCGGCUGACGGAUGGACUCGGUGUCCCCCCCGGACUCUGAAGUAAAGUUACGCCGUCCUCAGCGCACUUAGGCCCGGCUCCGAGUUCCUCCUCCUGCCCGGCCCUGACACUGACACUGAGACGGAGAGAAGAAGCCUGGGUCUCGGGCGGUUCUGGUGUGGAAGGCGGCCCGGGGAGCGGCGGCGGACACGGACACGAACAAAAGAUGCUAUGAUAGAGCGAGUGUGUGUGCAUGAGUGUGUGCGCUGAGGUCCACCCCGCUCCGUCCUGCCACUCCCCGAAUGGCACAGGGAAAUCAGCAGAUUGACACUCAAGUUCUGCAACAACUGCGUCAGAAGUUUCCAGAAGUGCCAGAGGGCGUCGUCUCUCAGUGCGUCAUACAGAAUAAGAACGACUUGGCAGCGUGUUGUGAGUACCUGACCCAGGUGAGUCCCGGCUUCCUGUACAGCGAGGGCAGCCCGAGCGUGACGGACCUGCGCAAUCACAUGACCCAGCUCAACGUGGGCGUGUCGCAGAAUACCCAUGGUGCCGUGCAGCGCGAGCCAGUCAGGAUGAACGGCAGCAGGACUCUCUCGCACAGCCUGAGUGACGGGCCCGUCAACGGUCCCCCGACUCCGGCCUCUGACUUCUACCAGGCAGAGUCUCAGUCACACGCUCACACACACGCACCCGCCGCCUUCUGCGUAAUGGAGCAGGUGCGAAAGCCACAGCCUCCGCAGCACCUCGGCCUGUACCAGCUCGGGGUCAAAGGUCAUGGUUCGGCCAUGCCCCUUCCCACCACGCCCCGUUUUAACCCCAUCACGGUGACGCUGGCCCCCAACGCUGGCCGAAACACACCCACCUCGCUGCACAUCCACGGCGGGCCUCAGGCCGGCCCCAACAGCCCCAACUCCAUCUACAUCCGGCCCUACGUCACCCAGAUCUCACACCCGGGCGGCCAGCACCACCAGACCUCGCACGUUUACAUGCCCAUCAGCUCUCCCACCAACCCACAGCCCCCCUCGGCCUUUCAGGCUCCGUCUGCUGCAGCCUCUCAGGCCUCUUCCUCGUCCUCCUCAUCGUCAUCCUCGUCUGUGCCCUCAUCUUUACCGGCGAUGGCGGCCGCCCCCUCACUCGCGUCCUCCUUCAGCCAGUUCAACAUCCAGAACAUCUCCACGGGGCCCAGAAAGAACCAAAUCGAGAUCAAGCUUGAAUCUCCUCAGAGAGUGGGCGGAGCCGCCGCCACUGCCGCCGCCACAGCGACCUUGAUGUGCUCCGCCUCUGCUCCUCGACCGGCCUCGGCUUCUGGGUCCUUGUCCUGCCCGUCACCGUCCUCCUCUUCCUCCACUCCGCUCUCCAUCGAGGGGGCGGGGCUUAGCCGAAGCCAGCCCACCGUCUACAUCGCCGCCUCUCCUCCCGGCGCCGCUGCAACGACGGCGCCGUCUGAGGAGUGCGCGCUGAUCCCUCCUUCUGGUCGCUCACAGCCCAAAUUCUACAUCUCCGCCAACGCCUCUUCGGACGAGAGCGGCGCUCGGAACCCGCCCACAGUCUACAUAUCUGCCAACCCCGCUCUUCCCGGUGUGACGGGAGGGCGGAGCCUAGGCGGGCAAGUCAGCAUGGGGCCCGCCUACAUCCAUCACCACCCGCCUAAAUCCCGCAGCUCGGUGGGGCCGGGAGGCGUGGCUACCUCGCCGCGUGUGGUAGUGACUCAGCCCAACACCAAAUACACCUUCAAAAUCACGGUCUCGCCGAACAAGCCGCCAGCCGUGUCCCCCGGGGUGGUGUCGCCCACCUUCGAGCCCACCAACAUGCUCAGCGUGCCCGCCGAUCAGCACUACCCCGAGCCCGAGGCCAUCAGCCUGCCCGAGCCGCUCUCGCCCAACCGAGACCUGAGAGCCACCGAGAGCCGCCGGCCCAGCAUGGGCUCUGACGACGCCGCAUACACGCAGGCAUUGUUGGUGCAUCAGAAGGCGCGCAUGGAACGUCUGUGUCACGAGCUCAAGCUGAAAAAGAAGAACCUGGAGAAACUCAAAGAGGAGGUGAACGAGAUGGAGAGCGACCUAACGAGGAGACGACUACAGAGGUCCAACUCGGUGUCUCAGAUACCGUCUCUUGAUGAGAUGCAACAGCUGAGGUAUAAGAACAGGUUACUGCAGAUCGACAUCGACUGUUUAACUAAAGAGAUCGACCUCCUACAGGCGCGUGGACCACACUUCAAUCCCAGUGCGAUCCAUAACUUUUACGACAACAUCGGCUUCCUCGGUCCCGUCCCCCCAAAACCCAAAGGCUCGGAUCACUGGGGCUCUUUGGACAGGAGAGGACGCAGAAUAAACGUCAGCUCCAAGCUGAAGAGAGACCCGUCUCUCCCUCCUGUUCCUCCCUCUCUCCCUGCUCCUCCGGGCAGUAAGAAUAUGAAGAUGGUGUCUGAGGCUGAAGAUGACGACGGGGUUCAGUGGGGUUGCACAGCCUGCACCUUCCUCAACCAUCCCGCCCUCAACCGCUGUGAACAGUGUGAAUUUCCACGACAUUUCUGAGCCCCAAUUACGUACACACACACAUUAUAUAUAUAAUAUACACUCAUGUGCACACACACACACAUACACACACACGUACUCAAACACAUUCACAUGUCAGCCAGGCUUUGUUACACACAACUUGCAGAAAUAUGGACAUGAAUGUCGUGUGUGUGUGUGUGUGUGUGUGUGUGUGUGUGUGUCUCUUUCUUUUGCUGUUUCUCUCUCCUUCACUGUCUGUCUCACAUUGUCUCUCUCUCACUCACGAUCUCUGUCUUGUUCACGCUUUCUGUCUCUUUCUCACUCGCUGUCUCUGUGUGUCUCUCUCUCUCUCUCUCUCUCUCUCUCUCUCUCUCUCUCUCUCGGAGGUGUGUGUCAUGCUGCCCACUGAAGACUGGAUAAUGUUUACAGGUUUUCCUCUGCUUCUAUCCGUCAAGCCAAGCUGAGCUCUUUAGUGUGUGUUUGUGUGUGUGUGUGUGUGUGUGUGUGUGUGUGUGUGUUUGAGUGUAGGUUUCCUUCACUGAUUCCAUAAUGAAUCUCAAUCUAGCCUGAAACAGUAUUAUGAAAGUGAGUGUGUGUUGGCGAACUACACACACGUGCGCGCGCGCACACACACACACACACACACACACACGUGCCAAUGUGCCUUCCGGAUGGGAACUACCUUUCGAGAGCCUCCUCUCUUUUUACCUGAAGGGAAUAACAUUACAGACUACUUUCUGGACUUCGCUCUUCCCCAGACGAUGUUGGGAAACGAUGUGUGGAAUUUCUGCCAAAGCCGGAGUUUCUCUCCCCGCGCUUUCGCUCACUAAGAAAACGGAAAUAAAUCAAUAAAACAAAACGUAGCGGACGAACUGAAACUAAUCUGCAUGCUUUAGAUGUACAGUUUACAAACGGAGACCCCGCCUACCUAAGCUUUUACUGUACAUAGUGUUAGAACGAGCUUUAAAAUGCUGUCCCCCCGUCCCCCCUCCUCCUCCUCCUCGCUCUCUUUAUCUCCUCACAUGUAUUGUCUGUAAUUAUAGCUCCAUAGACUUCAUUUACUUUUAUGUGUUGGGUGUUUUUUUUUUUUUUUCUUCUUUCCUCAGACGAGUACGUUCUUUUGCUUUCCGUGUGAACGGCGUCACGUUUUUCUUUACCGUGUACGGGCUGCACACGCGGCAAAAAAAAAAAAAGGUAAAAGAAAGAUGGAGCGUGACCCACCCCAUCACCUAGCGCCCCCACCCACUAUCACGGACAGGUCAAAGGUCACCACGUGGUCUCCGAAGCCUUCAAAAGGUCCUCCAUCGUAUAUCUGCCAACUGGAAUGUAGGUUUCAUGUUCUGAGGAAUAUUUUUUUUUUAAUUUUUUGUUUUUUGUGGUGGGAGACGAGCGCAUCCACGCAUCGUCCGAACCUCUUGAAGCACGUCAGAUGAUUUUAUUGAACUGAACCGCACAGCACACAGUGUGUUUUGAAAGCAAAGACUUCUGGGAUGUUUGGGUUUUUGAUCUCGGUGUCCACCGAAACCAAAAACAAGGGAUUUUCCUUUUUUUUUUUUUUUUUUUUCUUUCUUUCUUUUUUCCCAGAGACUUGCAGAGAUCAGGUGAAAAGUUCAGGAAAUGGUUCCUGUACAAAGCCAAAGCUAUCACCACAUGCCUUCAGCAGCCAGUCCGUCACCGAAUCGGAGAUUCUCUGCCUUUAAAGCGGACACUGCCUCGUUGGGGUUUUUUUUGUUUUGUUUUUUUGUUUGUUUGUUUGUUUCCUUCCUCUAUAGAUUUUGAUUACACCAGUCCCACAAGGCCUUAAUGACGUUUUAAAAUGUUUAUUAGAAAGAAAACAAAAAAAAAUGAUGCAAAAAUGAGUCGAGAAGAUGUGAAGUGUCCUUUUAUUUUAUUUUUUUUUUUUUUUCCGGUUUCACAUUGUGCUGCCUCACUUUUCGGCCUUGUUAAAGUUUUCCCGGGUUUUUCAUGGUUUUUUUUUGUUUUUGUUUUGUUUUGUUUUGUUUUGUUUGUUUUUUUUAAAAACUUAAAUCUAUGCAGUCACAAGGUCAACAUAUAAAAUGUGAUCGAAUAUCAUACAGUCGAACUAAAGUGCUAAUGUAGAAGUGACGGGUGAGACCUCGUCCCGGAGUCAGACGAAACCGUGUACUCCAGGACCUGGCCGAACCGGCCUUCUAAAUAUUGGCCUUUUGUACGCAGUAAAAAAUGUUUUGAAUCGGUGUCUGAAGCACUUGUAUUUAAGAAACUCCAAAGAGAAACAGUCGCAAGCCAGGUUUUAUUUUUAUUUUUUUUAUUUUAUCCCCCCCGUCUCCUUUGUCCUGGGCUCGGCUCCGAGCCGUGAGUUACGUUUCUGGAUUUAAAUCAUGGUAGAAAAAAACAAGAAGAAGAAAUGAUUUGGAUAUCUAAAGUGAUUUUUAAUUUUUAGCUGGGAAAACUGUCUUUGUAACAGAUAAGUUAUUUGUAAAAAUAAACAAAAAAAAAAUA